AUGUCUCGAAAACUUUGCAUCACAGCCGUAGACGGCCAAACCGGCUUCCUAAUAGCAGAACUCCUCCUCACCAACCCCGACUUCACCAACAAAAUCGACUCAAUCAUCGGUCUCGCCCUCGACCCCGAAUCUCAAAAAUGCAAAGACCUCAAGAAACUUGGCGCAGAAAUCGUGCAUCACGUUCCCGGCACCGAGAAGAAAGUCGUCCAGAUUCUCAAAAGCACCGGCGCAGAUACGAUCUGCUUGAUCCCGCCAGCGCACAAGGAGAAGUACCAGAUCACAGUGGAACUUGUCACCGCGGCGAAGAAAGCGGGAGUGCAGAAUGUUUGUCUACUGAGUUCUGCUGGGGCUGAUCUGGCGGAUAUGAAGAAACAGCCAAGGUUGAGAGAAUUUAUUGAGAUUGAGAAUUUGGUUUUGGCGGCGAAGGGUGAUCCGAGUACGCCGCUUGGUCAUUCUCCUGUCGUUAUUCGUGCUGGCUUUUACAUGGAGAAUCUGCUGGUAUAUGGACCUCAGGUAAAGAAGGAAUCUGUCAUACCUCUGCCAGUUGGGGAGACACACAAGUUCGCUCCAGUGGCUCUUGGUGAUGUCGCACUUGUGGCAGCACAUGUUUGCUCCGGAAAAGGCGCACACGGAUUUGACGACAAACAUCGUGGGCAGCUCAUCGUACUUACAGGCAUGUCUCAUUUCUGUCACACUUUCAUUCUAAAACUGAUAUAUUCAGGUCCUAUGCUGGCUGCUGGCAAAGAGCUCGCAGAAGCGGCACAUCAAGCCUUAGGUGAAAACCUGAGUUUUGAAAAUAUCUCCGAGCACGAAGCCAAGAAAGUCCUCCAACAACAAGCAGAGUCUGACUCCUCCGAAAUCGAAUAUCUACUGGAAUAUUACUCCUUGGUUCGUGAAGGAAAGACUAAUUACAUUUCCACGCUCGCUUUCCAUGAUGUGACUGGUCAACAUCCACAGGAGCCGGUGGAAUGGUUCAAAAUCUAUGCAGAGGAGUUUAGAGCUGAACAUCCUAAUAAGAAGAGGAAGCAGAAGAAAUGA